AUGGCUAAUGUACUGAAACUAGCAAAUCGGGCUGAAGAAGCCAUUGAGGCAAUAAGAUCCUUUAGCGAUCAGUGUCCCUAUGAAGCUCAGGAGUCCCUUGACAAUAUUCUUCUAGACCUAUACAAGAAAUGUGGUAGGACAGAUGAGCAGAUCGAAAUGCUGACAAUAAAGCUGCGAAUUGUUGAUGAGGAGCUAGCUUCUGGUCGGUGGAAAACAAAACUGUCUAAAUCUCAUGGAAGAGUAGUCUACCUUUCUCUCAGAGAUGAAAAAGCAAGGUUAUUGGGGAACCUUGCUUGGGCCUAUAUGCAGUCCGAAAAUUAUGAGGAAGCAGAGAUGCUCUACAGGCAAGCUCUUGCUAUAGAAGCUGACUACAACAAAGAGUGUAACUUGGCCAUCUGUUUGAUGAAGACUGGAAAGUUGGCUGAAGCUAAAUACCUGAUUCAAGCUAUACCUUACAACUGUGAUGAUGAAAGUCAUGUUAAGUCUCUCUCCCGGGCUACUGAAAUGCUUAGGGAACUUGACUUGCAAUCACUCCUGUUAGAAUACGUUCGCCACUCGCGGACCUCGGUGGCGCCUGCCUCAUCUGGCUCAGACGACGCUAGCGAUGUCGGCGAUCCCGUCGGACUCGACCCUGCCAUCCUGUGGCAUGGCGCUGCUCACCGGCGCCACCGGCCUCGGCUCCUCGGCAGUCGCGGCUCAAAGACCUCCUUCGCCAAAGAGGUGUUGUCGCCCCGCCCCGCCGCCCCGCCCCCGGCAGCGGUUCGGCAUCCACUACAGUCGUCGUUCAGCUCCGCCGCCGGCUCCACAGCCUCCCUCGCCGGCUCCACAUCCGCCACCGGCGGCUGCUUCUGGCCAUGCUGCAGCAAAGAAAAGCCACAAACACUAUCAACUCCUUUGAGUGAACUGAAAUAUAAAGAACCACAUAUUUCAGUUUCACAAAAUGCAGACAAGCAUGAGAAUUGCAAUUCAGGGCUUCCAUCUCCCAUAACUCAGUUGAGACGUGAAGAACCACACACUAUGGUUACUGCUGGUGCAGAAAAGAAUGAGGGAUUUGCAGAGUUUCAAGAUCUUUCUCGACUGUUCAAUGAUGCUGCUACACAUUCAAUACUUGAGAAACUACGAAAGAGGCUAGUUAAAGAGGCACAAAAAACCAGUAUUCAUGAUCAGAUUCAGACUCCUACUCCCACUGAAUGCUUGCCAAACUCUGAAAGAAACCUAGAUGCUAGUGAGACUCCCAUGCAAGAAGGGAAGCUCUUGACCAAAGGUGUUAGAGAAACAUUGGCUGACAUGGUGGAUGAAGAGGAACAACAAUUGGGUGAUGACAAACCAUGGGCUGACAUGGUGGUGAAGGAUGAACAGCAAUUGGGUGAUGGCAAGUCAACACUUGGUGUGGGAACUACUAAACAAAACGGGAGCAGUAAGCAUGCAAGUAAGCUGGAGUACAGAACACCAUUGUCUUGUCAAGAAAGCAGGGCCCAUCAAAGACCCGUCAUGGGUGGUCAACUGCAUGGUUCUUCAGCAGGUUCAUGGAGACAGAAUGACUCCAAAAUCUCCAUGGAUAAGAACGUGAACCGGGAUCUUGUGAGGACUGCUCCGACAUGGAGCAAGCAUAAGGAACAAGCAAUGGAGAGCACUGCAGUUUGCAAAUGGACACAGGUUGUCUACACACUGGAGCCUGACGGAUUCCAUUACUGCAGCUGGUCUGGGUGUCCUAACAUGGUGGUUGUCCUUCCUCAGGGGCAGCAAUGGCUGGCUGGCUGGCCGGCAGCCUUGAGCUUCAUCUGCAACCUGGACUUGGGCCCCAAGGCCGAGGGUGACUACUAUAUGGGGAACUGUUCUACCGGCUCAAUCAUGCCGUGCGGCCAGCCAUCUUCUUCAGUUAUUUCCUGGACAGACUUCAAUGCGUACACGGACACGGUUUAUGCGCUGUACAUUUAUGAUUGA